CUUCACACGAAGGUGGACGGCUGCCAGACAUGGUGGAGAAGAUGUGGAGUUUUUUACACAUUGGGGAUAUCUGCUCCCUGUAUGCUGAGGGCUCCACCAGCGGCUUCAUCAGCACCUUAGGGUUGGUGGAUGACCGAUGCGUUGUCCAGCCUGAUGCUGGAGACCUGAACAAUCCACCAAAGAAAUUCAGAGACUGCCUGUUUAGGCUCUGCCCUAUGAACCGGUACUCUGCUCAGAAACAGUUCUGGAAAGCAGCAAAACCAGGAGGAACCAGCACCACAGACACUGUCCUACUCAACAAACUACAUCAUGCAGCGGAUUUGGAGAAGAAACAGAACGAAUCAGAGAAUAAGAAGUUGCUGGGGACUGUCAUUCAGUAUGGCAAUGUCAUUCAGCUCUUACAUCUGAAGAGUAAUAAGUACCUGACGGUGAAUAAGCGGUUGCCGGCUCUGUUGGAGAAGAACGCCAUGCGUGUGACUCUGGACGCCUCUGGCAACGAGGGCUCCUGGUUCUACAUCCAGCCCUUCUAUAAACUGCGCUCUAUAGGGGACAGUGUGGUCAUAGGGGAUAAGGUUGUCUUAAACCCUGUGAAUGCUGGACAGCCUCUCCAUGCCAGCUCUCACCAGCUCGUAGACAACCCAGGGUGUAACGAGGUGAACUCUGUGAACUGCAGUACCAGCUGGAAGAUUGUUCUGUUCAUGAAAUGGAGUGACAAUCAGGAGGUCGUCCUGAAAGGAGGAGACGUGGUCAGGCUGUUCCAUGCUGAACAGGAGAAGUUUCUGACGUGCGAUGACCACAGGAAGAAACAGUAUGUCUUCCUUCGCACCACCGGACGCCAGUCUGCGACCUCGGCAACCAGCAGCAAGGCACUCUGGGAGGUGGAGGUGGUUCAGCACGACCCUUGUCGAGGGGGAGCUGGUUACUGGAACAGCCUGUUCAGGUUCAAGCACCUGGCGACAGGCCAUUACCUAGCAGCAGAGGUCAAUCCAGACUAUGAGGAAGAAUGCCUGGAGUCACGUUCUUCACUGGACUCGGAGCAGGAAGUGAUCAGAGCGCGCAUGCGUAACCCCCAGGAUAAGGUCAUGUACACGUUGGUGGCCGUUCCCGACGGCAAUGACAUCUCCUCCAUCUUCGAACUGGACCCCACCACUUUGAGAGGGGGGGAUUCCUUGGUGCCCAGGAACUCAUAUGUGAGGCUGAGGCAUCUCUGCACUAAUACCUGGGUCCACAGCACUAACCAACCUAUAGACAAGGAGGAGGAGAAACCAGUCAUGCUCAGGAUUGGCACGUCUGCUCAGAAGGAGGAUAAAGAGGCCUUUGCCAUUGUGCCUGUCUCCCCUGCCGAGGUCAGGGAUCUGGACUUUGCAAACGACGCCAGCAAAGUGCUGGCCUCCAUCGCAGGCAAACUGGAGAAAGGCACAAUCACGCAGAACGAGAGGAGGUCUGUGACUAAACUCUUAGAGGAUCUGGUGUAUUUUGUGGUGGACAUCCCCAACAGUGGACAGGAUGUGCUGGAGAUCACUGUCAAUAAACCCAACAGGGAGCGACAGAAACUCAUGCGAGAACAAAACAUCCUCAAACAGAUCUUUAAGCUGCUACAGGCUCCCUUCACUGACAGUGGAGAUGGCCCAAUGCUGCGAUUGGAGGAACUGGCUGACCAGCGCCACGCCCCCUUCCGACACAUCUGCCGCCUCUGCUACAGAGUCCUGCGUCACUCACAACAAGAUUAUCGCAAGAACCAGGAGUACAUAGCGAAGCAGUUUCGGUUUAUGCAAAAACAGAUCGGUUAUGACGUGCUAGCUGAGGACACCAUCACAGCCUUACUACACAACAACAGAAAACUUCUGGAAAAACACAUCACUGCCGCUGAGAUAGAUACGUUCGUGAGCUUAGUCCGCAAGAACAGAGAACCCAGAUUCCUGGAUUACCUGUCUGAUCUGUGUGUUUCGAUGAAUAAGUCUAUCCCUGUCACUCAAGAGCUCAUCUGCAAUGCUGUUCUGGAUCCAGCCAAUGCCGACAUCCUCAUCGACACAAAGUUGGUGCUGUCCCGAUUUGAGGUGGCCGGUGCAGUGUUGGGAGAGAGUGCUGAGGAAGAGGAGGAGGAUGAAGAGGAGGUGUGGCUGUUCUGGAAGGACAGCAGAGGAGAGGUGAAGAGCAAGAGCAUCAGAGAACUGGCUCAGGACGCCAAAGAGGGUCACACUGAGGACCAGGAGGUCAUCAACUACUACAGGUAUCAGUUAAAUCUGUUUGCCCGGAUGUGUCUGGACCGGCAGUACCUGGCCAUUAAUAAGAUCUCCGCCCAGUUGGAUGUGGACUUGAUCCUUCGCUGCAUGUCUGAUGAAGACUUGCCCUUUGACCUUCGCGCUUCUUUCUGCCGACUGAUGCUGCACAUGCACGUGGAUCGAGACCCCCAGGAACAGGUCACGCCCGUCAAAUACGCCCGCCUGUGGUCGGAAAUCCCCUCCCAAAUUGACAUUGACGAUUAUGACAACGACGGUAUGUCCCGGGAUGAGGUGAAGGAGCGGUUCUCUCAGACCAUGGAGUUUGUGGAGAAUUACCUGCGCGAUGUGGUCUGUCAGAGCUUCCCUUUCUCAGACAAAGAGAAGAACAAACUCACGUUUGAGGUGGUGAACCUAGCGAGGAACCUCAUCUACUUUGGCUUCUAUAACUUCAGUGACUUACUGCGACUGACCAAGAUCCUUCUGGCCAUACUGGACUGUGUCCACAUCAGCACCACCUUCCCAGUCAAACUGGACCGAGAACCUGGAAAAGGCAGUAACGUGAUGCGUUCGAUCCACGGUGUGGGAGAGUUAAUGACUCAGGUGGUGCUGCGGGGCGGAGGAUUCCUGCCGGUGACACCACGCAGCGCUCCGGACAGAGACGCCGGCAAAUCCCAGUCAGAACCCCAGAAACAGGACAUACUGGUCAUGGACACCAAGCUCAAGAUUAUAGAGAUACUACAGUUUAUCCUGAACGUGCGGCUGGAUUAUAGGAUCUCAUGUCUGCUCUGUAUAUUUAAGAGGGAGUUUGAUGAGAGCAAUCCCCAACCAGAGCCCUCAAUCAACCAGGACUUACAAACCAGUCAAACCAGUGCGCUGGACUUUGAACACAUUGAGGAACAGGCAGAGGGAAUCUUUGGUGGGAGUGAAGAGAAUACACCUUUGGACCUGGAUGACCACGGUGGGCGUACGUUUCUGAGGGUUCUGCUCCAUCUGACCAUGCAUGAGUACCCACCCCUGGUGUCCAAAGCCCUCCACCUGCUCUUCAGACACUUCAGCCAGAGACAGGAGGUCCUGCAGGCAUUCAAACAGGUCCAGCUCUUGGUGACAAGUCAGGAUGUAGAGAAUUAUAAACAGAUAAAGACGGACCUGGAUCAGCUGAGGUCCAUCGUGGAGAAGUCUGAACUCUGGGUCUAUAAGAGACAGGGCUCAGACUCAGGACUAGACACUGGAGAGGUCAUCGCCACGGAAACACACCACCAGAGUGAUGUGUCAGGAGGUUUAAACAAACCCCAAACGGAGAGCACCAGCAGCUCCAACUACAGACUGGUCAAGGAGGUCCUCCUCAGGCUGAGUAAACUGUGUGUGUUAGAGGGCGUCUCGGGACGGAAGAAUAAGAAGCAGCAGCAGCGCCUCCUCAGGAACAUGGGAGCGCACAGCGUAGUCCUGGAACUACUGCAGAUCCCGUACGAGAAGGGUGAAGAUGUUCGGAUGCAGGAGAUCAUGACUUUGGCUCAUCAGUUCCUGCAGAAUUUCUGUGCUGGAAACCAGCAAAACCAGGCCCUGCUCCACAAACACAUCAAUCUGUUUCUUAAUCCAGGGCUCCUGGAGGCUGUGACGAUGCAGCACGUCUUUAUGAAUAAUUUCCAGUUGUGCAGUGAGAUUAAUGAGAGAGUCGUUCAGCACUUUGUCCACUGCAUUGAGACGCAUGGACGCAGCGUCCAGUACCUCAAAUUCCUACAGACCAUCGUCAAAGCAGAGAACAAAUUCAUCAAAAAAUGCCAGGACAUUGUGAUGGCAGAGCUGGUAAACGUCGGAGAGGACGUGCUGGUGUUCUAUAACGACAGGGCGUCGUUUCAGACGUUGGUUCAGAUGAUGCGUUUAGAGCGCGAGCGUCUGGACGAGAACAGUCCACUUCGCUACCACAUUCACCUGGUGGAGCUUCUGGCCGUCUGCACCGAGGGCAAGAACGUCUACACCGAAAUCAAAUGCAACUCCCUCCUCCCCCUGGACGACAUCGUGCGUGUCGUUACCCAUGAAGACUGCAUCCCAGAGAUGAAGAUGGCCUAUGUGAAUUUCUUGAAUCACUGUUAUGUGGACACAGAGGUGGAGAUGAAAGAGAUUUACACCAGUAAUCACAUGUGGAAGCUGUUUGAUGACUUCCUGGUGGAUAUCUGCAGGGUUUGUAAUAACACGAGUGACCGUAAACACGCUGACGUGGUGUUGGAGCGCUACGUCACGGAGACCGUCAUGAGCAUCGUCACCACCUUCUUCAGCUCCCCCUUCUCUGACCAGAGCACCACCCUGCAGACCCGUCAGCCCGUGUUCGUCCAGCUGCUGCAGGGUGUAUUUCGUGUCUAUCACUGUCCGUGGCUCCUGCCUUCACAGAAGGGCAGUGUGGAGGCCUGUAUCAAAGUCCUGAGUGACGUGGCUAAAGGCAGGGCCAUAGCCAUCCCUGUGGAUUUGGAUGGCCAGGUGAAUAAUCUCUUCAUAAAGUCCAAUAACAUUGUUCAGAAAACGGCUCUGAGUUGGAGACUGUCUGCGCGGAAUGCCGCCCAGCGCGACUCGGUGCUCACCACAUCCCGCGACUACCGCAACAUCAUCGAGAGACUGCAGGACAUUGUGUCAGCGUUAGAGGAGCGUUUGAGACCGCUGGUUCAGGCAGAGUUGUCUGUGUUAGUCGAUGUUCUUCAUCGUCCUGAGCUGCUGUUCCCAGAGCACACUGAGGCUCAUCGCAAGUGUGAGAGCGGAGGUUUCAUCUGCAAGUUGAUUAAACACACCAAACAGUUGCUGGAGGAGAAUGAGGAGCGUCUGUGUAUCAAAGUCCUGCAAACUCUCAGAGAAAUGAUGACCAAAGACAGAGGCUACGGAGAAAAGGGAGAGGCACUGAGGCAGUUAUUGGUGAAUCGAUACUAUGGAAACUUCCGGACUGGUGGCAGAAGAGACAGUCUAAGUUCCUUCAGUAACUCUGCCCUCACGCCGGUACCAGGAAAGAACCAAUCAGGCCCGGGGGGUCUGAGUCGGGCAGAAAUGUCUCUGACAGAGGUCCAGUGUCAUUUAGACCGUGAAGGAGCGUCCAACCUGGUCAUCGACCUCAUUAUGAACACAAACAGUGACCGUGUGUUCCAUGAGAGCAUCCUAUUGGCUAUCGCCCUGCUGGAAGGCGGGAACACUACCAUACAGCGUUCCUUCUUCAAACGUUUGACGGAGGACAAGAAAUCGGAGAAGUUUUUCCGUGUUUUUUAUGACCGGAUGAAAGCGGCCCAACUGGAGAUCAAAGCAACGGUUACCGUGAAUACCAGUGAUCUUGGCAACAAGCGUCGUGACGACCACUUCUCUGACAGAGACACGCCCCAGCGAAGGAGAGUGAAGGAUGCGGCUGUCGUGGUAACAGAGGAGGCACGAGAACAGCUUUUGGAGGCGUCUGCGGUCACUAAAAAGGCCUUUGGGUCGUACAGACGGGAUGCCGACCCAGAGGAGGCUUAUGGAUCGAGUGAGGGGCCACAGGGGGGCGGGGACAAAGGGGCGGAUCAAGGGGAGAUGAGCCCUGUCAUUCUCAUCAUGCAGCCAAUCCUGCGCUUCCUACAGUUACUGUGUGAAAACCACAACAGAGAUUUACAGAACUUUCUGCGCUGUCAGAACAAUAAGAAUAACUAUAAUCUGGUGUGUGAGACGCUGCAGUUCCUGGACUGUAUCUGUGGCAGUACCACAGGAGGCCUGGGGCUGCUGGGCCUGUACAUUAACCAGCACAAUGUGGCUCUGAUCAACCAGACCAUCGAGAGCCUGACAGAGUACUGCCAGGGACCCUGCCACGACAACCAGAACUGUAUAGCCACUCAUGAGUCUAAUGGCAUUGACAUCAUCAUCGCUUUGAUUCUGAAUGACAUCAACCCUCUGGGCCGGAAGAGAAUAGACCUGGUCCUGGAGCUGAAGAAUAACGCGUCUAAGUUGCUGUUGGCGAUAAUGGAAAGCCGCCAUGACAGUGAGAACGCUGAGAGAAUUCUCUAUAACAUGAGACCCAAAGAACUGGUGGAGGUGAUGAAGAAGGCUUACCAGCAGGGGGAGACAGAGUUUGAGGAUUCUGAGGAGCAGGAGGAAAAUGGAGAAGACUAUGCAGCAUCACCACGUAACGUUGGACACAAUAUUUACAUCCUCGCCCAUCAGCUGGCUCGGCACAAUAAGGACCUGCAGCAGGAGCUGUUAAAACCCGGAGGAGACGACCAGGCACUGGAAUACUACACUAAACACACAGCUCAGAUAGAGAUAGUUCGUCAGGAUCGCACUAUGGAGCAGAUAGUGUUUCCUGUACCAAAAAUUUGCUCCUUUCUGACGAGCGAGUCGAAGUUGCGGGUGUAUUACAGCACAGAGAGAGAUGAACAGGGCAGCAAAAUCAAUGACUUUUUCCUGCGUGCUGACGACCUUUACAGUGAGAUGAGGUGGCAGAAAAAACUACGAGCUCAGCCAGUAUUGUACUGGUGUUCAAGGAACAUGUCUUUCUGGAGUAAUGUGUCGUUUAACUUGGCUGUGCUCAUUAAUGUUCUGGUGGCAUUUUUCUACCCUCUGGAGAGUGUGGGAGAGAGCACGUUGGAUCCCUCCCUGUCUGCAUUACUGUGGGUGAGUGUGGUUGUGUCUCUGGGCUUUGUGUUGGUGAUGCCCAGACAGAACGCCGUCAGAGUGCUGGUCAUCUCUGCAGUCCUACGGCUCAGCUUCUCCCUUGGCUUCGCACACACACUCUCCCUGCUCGGGGCUUUCAAUGUGUGUAAUAAGAUUAUUUUCCUUCUGAGUUUUGUGGGGAAUCGGGGGACAUUCACGCGUGGUUACCGUGCGAUGGUGAUGGACGUGGAGUUUCUCUAUCACCUGCUCAACCUGCUCAUCUGCACACUUGGCCUGUGUGGACAUGUUUUCUUCUACAGCCUUCUGCUCUUUGACCUGGUGAACAGAGAGGAGACUCUGUUGAAUGUGAUAAAGAGUGUGACACGGAACGGACGCUCCAUUGUGCUGACAGCGGCCCUGGGCCUGAUCCUGGUCUACCUCUUCUCCAUAGUGGGUUACAUCUUCUUCAAAGACGACUUCAUCCUGGAAGUGGACUACAUUCCCAACAGUACACUGGAGGGCGGAGUCAGCCUGCCCAGUGACUUCCUGUCUGAAGGGGCAUGUCAGAAGAAUGGAGGAGGGGCCUGUGUAGCUGAGGCUCAAGAGGAGGAUGGUAUGACUGAGAGGGCGUGUGAUUCUCUGCUGAUGUGCAUUGUCACUGUGCUGAGUCACGGUCUGAGGAGUGGGGGUGGAGUCGGAGACGUUCUGCGCAGGCCCUCAAAAGAGGAGCCUCUGUUUGCUGCGCGUGUGGUGUAUGACAUGCUGUUCUUCUUCAUGGUCAUCAUCAUUGUGCUGAACCUUAUCUUUGGUGUGAUCAUCGACACCUUCGCUGACCUGAGGAGUGAAAAGCAACGGAAAGAGGAAGUGCUGAAAACCACCUGCUUCAUCUGUGGUUUGGAGAGAGAUAAGUUUGAUAAUAAGACUGUGACGUUUGAGGAGCACAUUAAAGAGGAACACAACCUUUGGCAUUACCUGUAUUUCAUUGUGCUGGUCAGAGUGAAGGACUCCACUGAGUACACGGGGCCUGAAAGCUACGUCGCACAGAUGAUCAAGGAUCACAACCUGGACUGGUUUCCUCGGAUGCGUGCCAUGUCACUGGUCAGCGCUGAUGGGGAGGGUGAGCAGAAUGAGUUGCGCAGUCUGCAGGAGAAACUGGAGUCCACCAUGAAACUGGUCUCUAAUCUGACCAAUCAGCUCACAGAACUCAAAGAGCAGAUGACUGAACAGAGGAAGCACAAACAACGCAUUGGGCUUUUGGGUAACCCCGCCCACCUCAAUAUCAAUCCUCAGCAGCCCGCCUGAGGGGCGUGGCCUGGGCGUGGCUUGGGUUCUGUGUAACAUGAAGGAAGGACUGUUGAUGUGUGGCCUAUGCAGUGUGCACGUGGAGUGCAUGAAGCCAUACAGGUACUCCCUGGAGAGGAGGUGUAGUUAUAGAGGGAAGUCUAUUUACAUGUGUGAGUGAGUGUGUGUGUGUGUGUGUGUGUGUGAUUGAUAUUAAGCCAGUAAAAACAAUCAAACUUUUACAGACACACAGAGC